AUGGAGGUCGAGUGUAAUGAUCCUAUGUCUGAGAACAAGGGCGAUAUAAGAGUUUGUGACAACUAUAGAGGUAUCGAAGCUACUAAGCCAUACUAUGAAAGUGUGGGAAAGGGUGAUGGAGAUGAGGAAAAGGCUUACGACAAAGUUCGAGGAGAUCUGUGGAGAUGCUUGGAGGCUAAAGGUGGACCUAUGGCGUACAUUAGGGUGAUCAAGGACAUGUGUAGAGGGAGCCAGGACGGGGUAAGGACGGUAGGAGGAGACUCGGAGCACUUCCCGGUUGUGAUGGGGUUGCGUCGAGGAUCGGCCUCUUGGUCAUUUUGUUGCCUUGGCGAUGGAUGA